AUGGAUAAUGAAAAAAAUAGUAAUACUUUUAUGCCGAACGGUUCUCUCAUAAAGCCUGUUGAUGAAAAACAAACAAGAAACCGUGAUGACCUUUUGACUCGUCGUCUAAAGAACCGAGAAAGGCAGCGUCGAUAUAGGGCUCGGAAACGUCAUGAAACUGAUUUGAAGAAGGCAUUAACCAGGAAUCAAUCUACUCCAGUUCAGUUUCAUCAGGUGUCUACUGAAAACCAAUCUACUCCGCUGCAAGUAAAGGUUUCCCAAAGUGUAACUUCCCCAGAUAUUGUGACCCGUGUUCAUUGCCAACGAGACUGGAAGCGAGAUGCUAGAAGGGCCCACAUAAAUACAGAACAAGAAGACAGAUUUAACUGCCCCAAUAAUUUUGGGACACCAACACUUGAUGGAAGUCCAGUACCCACCUUGCAAUCAGGUCUGACAGUAGUUUCAGAGAUGAAUAAUGGAAUUCAAUCCAGUGCUCCUGUCCCAGAGGAUAAUACAGCACAUAGAUCAGUACCUAGCCGCAGACACUGGAAAGCAGAGGCCAGAAACAAGAAAACCUAA